AUGCUCAGAAGUACUGUAUUUCUGAACCAGAUCAUGACCCAGACCCUCAAGCUCGCCUCCAGAGUGUUGCGGCGCGUCCGCUGUGCUUCUGAGUGGGGCGCCUCGCUGAGCUUCAGAAGCUCUGGCUCAGCGCCCUGGAGCUUGGCGGACAUCCCCGGCCCCUCCACGCCGGGUUUCCUAGCCGAACUUUUCUGCAAGGGGGGACUGUCACGGCUACACGAGCUGCAGGUUCAGGGUACCGCGCGCUUCGGUCCUGUGUGGCUGGCCAGCUUCGGGAAGGUGCGCACGGUGUACGUGGCGGCCCCUACACUCAUCGAGCAACUGCUGCGACAGGAGGGGCCCCGGCCAGAGCGCUGCAGCUUCUCACCCUGGGUUGAGCACCGUCGCCGGCGUCAGCGGGCUUGCGGACUGCUCACCGCGGAAGGCGAAGAAUGGCAAAGGCUCCGCAGUCUCCUUGCCCCGCUCCUCCUCCGGCCUCAAGCGGCCGCCCGCUAUGCCAGGACCCUGGACGACGUGGUCCUUGAUCUUGUGCAGCGACUGCGAUGCCAACGGGGACGCGGCGCCGGGCCACCUGCCCUGGUUCGUGAUGUAGCCGGAGAGUUUUACAAGUUUGGCCUAGAAGGCAUAGCUGCGGUGCUGCUGGGUUCGCGCCUGGGCUGCCUGGAAGCUGAAGUGCCUCCAGACACAGAGACCUUCAUUCGCGCGGUGGGAUCUGUGUUUGUGUCCACACUGUUGACCAUGGCGAUGCCCAAAUGGCUGCACCACCUCGUGCCAGGACCCUGGGGCCGCCUCUGCCAAGAUUGGGACCAGAUGUUUGCAUUUGCCCAGAAGCACGUGGAAAGGCGAGAGUCAGAGGCAGCCAUGAGGAGCCAGGGAAGGCCUGAGGAGAAAAUGGGAUCUGGGGCGCACCUGACCUACUUCCUGUUCCAGGAAGAGUUGCCUGCCCCAUCCAUCCUGGGGAACGUGACAGAGUUGCUACUAGCUGGAGUGGACACGGUAUCCAACACGCUCUCCUGGGCUUUAUAUGAACUCUCUCGACACCCAGACGUCCAGACGGCACUUCACUCUGAGAUCACAGCUGCCUUGGGCCGGGGGUCCAAUGCCCACUCCUCAGUCACUGCUCUGUCCCAGCUGCCCCUGCUGAAAGCUGUCCUCAAGGAAGUGCUAAGGCUAUACCCUGUAGUGCCUGGAAAUUCCCGUGUUCCAGACAAAGACAUUCGUGUUGGUGAUUAUAUUAUCCCCAAAAAUACGCUGGUCACUCUGUGUCACUAUGCCACUUCAAGGGACCCUUCUCAGUUCCCAGAGCCAAAUACUUUUCGCCCAGCUCGCUGGCUAGGGGAAGGUCCAGCCCCCCACCCAUUUGCGUCUCUUCCCUUCGGCUUUGGCAAGCGCAGCUGCAUGGGGAGACGCCUGGCAGAGCUUGAGCUGCAAAUGGCUUUGGCCCAGAUCCUGACCCACUUUGAGGUACAGCCUGAGCCAGGCGCUGCUCCAAUCAGACCCAUGACCCGGACUGUGCUGGUACCUGAGAGGAGCAUUAACCUGCAGUUUGUGGACAGAUAGUCCUGUGGAAGGAGGCUGUUAUCAUUACCCUUUCUCUUAUCAUAGGGGUGUAU